AGAGCGCCUCGCCCCUUUUUUCUCUUCCCCCUCCCGUUCGCGUUGUGUCAGCGCCGAAAAGCGAAUAUGGCACAGGCGCUAGGCUUUGGGAGAAGGUACCUGAAAGCCUUUUGUAAAGGUUUCUUUGUUGCUGUUCCUGUGACUGUGACUUUCCUUGACAGAGUGGCCUGCAUAGCAAGAGUAGAAGGAGCUUCGAUGCAGCCAUCAUUGAAUCCAGAAGACGGACAGAUGUCUGAUGUAGUGCUUUUAAACCACUGGAGUAUUCGAAAUUAUGAGGUACAACGUGGAGAUAUAGUUUCACUGGUGUCUCCAAGAAACCCAGAGCAGAAGAUCAUUAAACGAGUGAUUGCCCUUGAAGGCGACAUUAUCAAGACCAUAGGCUACAAAAAGAAGUAUGUGAAAAUUCCACAUGGCCAUAUAUGGGUAGAAGGAGAUCAUCGCGGACAUAGCUUUGACAGUAAUGCGUUUGGUCCGGUCUCUCUUGGACUUUUGCAUGCCCGUGCUACACAUAUACUCUGGCCUCCAGGGCGCUGGCAGAAGUUACGGCCCAAGGUACUUCCAGAGCGCCAACCUAUCCAGAAUGAGCAGGAAUGACUCUUGGGAAACUCAUGCACCUAGGAAUAACCAUGGCUUGGAAAGACAACUCGGGUAACAAAAGAUCUGCCCACUGUACAAAGCUGGUACAAGAAACGUAUCUUGUUCUUACUGUAAGUCCAAACAAAAAAUGCAUUUAAUCACAUGAAGUGGUGCAUCAUUUCUUCUGAAGCAAUCAUGGCUUGAUUUGAAAUUUCAGUUUCCCAGAAGCUGUUACAGUGCUUGAACAUUUUUGUCUAUACUGGCACUUCUGUAGUUAUGAAAUUAAAAAGGAAAAAUGACAAAUUUUAAUCUUUUUUUAAAGGAGAUUUGAUUUCAGCAAUAUGCUAGAUCUUAACAUUCAUAUCAGAUUGUGAAAACAUGAUGUCAGCCAUAUAGUUCAUUGUUACUGCCAAGAUUUUGGAUCACAGAAUAAUUUGUUUGUAUAGAAUGAAUAGUAUUUCUAGUCCCAGAAAACAUAUUGUACAAUCUGUCUUUAAAGAAUAAAAUUUAAAAAGGGA